AUGGCGUCGCAAACUCCGCUUGAAGACUCGAUCAGGCAAAAAAUCACCACCUCUCUCAAGCCCACCACCCUCGACAUCCACAACGACUCCCACCUCCAUGCGCACCACGAGCCGAUGCAGGGCGUCACGUCCAAGGAGACGCACUUCAGAGUCAUCAUCACAUCCGAGGCUUUCCAGUCGAAAAUGCAAGCAGCGAGACACCGGCUCGUCUACUCCCUUUUGAAGGACGAGCUGGCCCAAGAGGGCGGGAUCCAUGCACUCCAACUACGUACAAUGACCCCGGAGGAGGAGGCCAAGCGGCGAGCUCAAGAAGCCGAAGCGGAAUGA